CCGUCGCAGCAAUCGUGGGCGCGCAGCGAGCGAUCGAUGGUGGCGCAGCGGCGGCGGGGUGGGCGGCCGGCGGCGGCGAGGAAGGGGCAGUGGACGGCGGAGGAGGACGAGGUGCUGCGGCGGCACGUCCGGGAGCACGGGCCCAGGGAGUGGAGCUCCAUCGAGGCCAGGGGGCUGCUCCCGCGCAACGGCAAGUCGUGCCGGCUCCGAUGGGUCAACAAGCUCCAGCCAGGCCUCAGGACGGGGUGCAAGUUUACGCAAGAGGAAGAGCGCAUGGUGAUCGAGAUGCAGGCGAAGGUUGGCAACAAAUGGGCCUUGAUCUCGAAGCAGCUCACUGGCAGGACGGACAACGACGUCAAGAACUUCUGGAGCACACGGAAGAAGAAGCUAGCGAGGAUGUCGAAGGCGGCGGCGCCGGCGCCGCCACCAUCCCGCAGGCGAUCCAGCUCCUCCUCUCGUGCCCUGCCGUCCACUCCCACGGAAUCCUGCUCGCUCAUGAAGGACCCGUUCCAAGAGUCAAGUUCGUCGUACCACGUCGGUGAAAGCAGCCAUCAGGCAUGCACGGCCAUGGAGAACCAGCUCACUACUGACGCACAAUCACCUGGACGACUACCUGCCUAUGAGUGCUCACUUGGACUACCUGCACCUGAAUCCUUAACUGGAUUGCCUGCUCCUGAAUCACCCUCGUGGCCGUCUUCCGGCGAGCUCGCCUUGGUUCCCGCUGCAGAAUGCAUGCGUAACCCGGCUCCAUUGAUGCUCUAUCCUGCUGCGUCUGGCGACAUGGCAUCUGCUGAUCACUCUGGGUACGGCGACGAGCUCGCAUGCCUGCAGCCAGUCUUGGAGUUUCAACCGAUUCAGCCCUACGGUCUAGAAGACGACAUGGUGUUUGAUGAGCUAUCUCCGGCGACUUUGGACUUCUUCGAUCAGCCGCCGCCGCCGCCGCCGCUCAUCAAGUGGUAGUUGCUGACGCCGGAGAUAUACUGUGAAUGGGAUUCAUUCUUACGGAGAUAUUAUCAGUGGUGAAUUGUAUGGAGUACUAGUUUAUCAAAUUAAUCAUUGUUCUACCUUUUUAGUUUAUUCAAAAAAAAGUUCUACCUUUUUAGCUUGGUAUGAACUGUGAAAGACCACAAUGUUUACCUGUUCGAUCGAAUUUACUUCACUAUUGCGUACCAAGUUAUCAGAACUAUGCAUGCAUGACAUAAUUACU